AUGUCAAAUGAGGAGAGAGUUAGGCGCCUUGCAUCGGAUAUUCUGAACUGUGGAAAGAAGAAGCUCUGGCUGGACAACAACGAGAUUGAGAGGCUCAACGGGGCAAGCACUAGGGAGCAGAUCAAGCAGCUGAUCAAGGACAACGUGAUUAUUAUGAAGCAGGACAAGCACACGAGCAGGGGGCGUUGCCGGAAGCGACUGGAAGCAAAGAAGAAGGGAAGGCACAUGGGUACUGGAAAGCGCUUUGGGACUGCAAAUGCAAGGAUGCCUCAAAAGAAGAUAUGGAUGAAGAAGAUCCGCGCAAUGAGGGCCAUGCUGAAGGAGAUGAGGGCUAAUGGAGAAAUUACCAAGGAAGACUUCCGGGUGUUCUACAAGCAGGCGAAGGGGCAUUUGUUCAAGCACAGAUUCCACAUGAAGGACUGCAUAAUCAAGAGGAAGGCUGAUGAGCAAAGGGCCAAGGAGCUUGCUGAACAGGCAAAGGCGCUCAACCUAUCCAACAGAGUGAUCUCAUCUUGA